AUGAAGGACGAGAAUAAAGGCAAAGGUAAAGCAACCGCCGAAUCUCCGCAGACCUCUGUUCGUGACACUCGCCAAGCAGCAAGCUCCAGUGCAGCAUCCAAUGCAGCUCAAACUCUAGCCUCAGCAUUACGAACCACUAUGGCUUCAUCUCAGCUUAGAUCUUUGAUGCAGCCUGCUUCAGGAGGCAAAGCCGAAUUCCAGGGUCAGGACUCUGUAGGUGAGACAGAAGAGUUGAGAGAUUGGUUGGUGCAAGAUUUACGGUCUGGUGGUACAUCGUCAAGCUCAAGUAUCGUGCUGGCGAGGGCAGGAGCACAGACGUUUCGGACAACAGGAGCGUCGGAGCGAGAGCAACAGGAGAUGUUUCAAGAUUUCGAACGAGGGAUGAGUCUCAGCAAUGCAAGGCAAGGAGAACCGGGCUUCAAGUCAUCAGAUGGAUUGACGAGAGAUGAUGUAGGUUUGACUCAGGCAUGGGAUGAAGCAACACAACAAUACAGAUGGCAGGCAACAGGGUUAGAUCCAGCCUCUGCACGACCAAUACGGUCUUACACUGAGCUUGACGCUCCACUGCACGAUUCUGUCCGUGUGAGCAGCACACAAGCUCCUCCCAGUCAAAGUUGGACCUAUGCACCGCCUGCAACCGCACCACUAGCUCAAACGGAUGACGUCUUCGCCCUGCUCGAUGCAGAAGAUCAACUAGCACCCACAAGCAUUGCUUCCGUAUCCACAGCACCACAAUCCGAGGAGCUAUCAGAACAAGUCUCGUCUCAAUUCGAUUCCCUCUACCGACCCCCAUCACCCACUCAUCCUUCUUUCUCUCGCGAACAAGCAAAACUUCACCUCCAACUCGCCGAAGCACAAGCUUCACAACAAGGCAAAACCGAACUUGGCAUCCCACGUCCCGACAACGCUUCGCUCCAGGAAGGAGUCUAUGCACCCACCGCCGAACAAGCACUUCAGUCCAUCUUCGACGGUAGGGUUGAAUCCAGCGACGUCACAGAGGAGCAAGAUGUGAGUGAUAGGGGUGAGGAGAUCGUUAGAAAGAUCACAAAGUAUUUCGGAGCAAGUAGCUAUCUCGACGACGUAUACGGUGAAAGACCGGUGUUGAGAGAGACGAUUGAGGUGGUGAAGAAGGAAAAGGAUGGAGAUAGGGAGAAGAGAGAAAAGGCGAUAAGAAGGCUAGAGAGUUUAUGGGGACAUCUGAGCAAUACGCCUCCUCACGAGAGCAAGGGGAAGGAUUGGGUCGAUGCUUGGUUGCUCAAGAACACAUGA